AUGGCCAGGAUCACUCUUAUUUCUGUUCUCAUCCUCUGGGCAGCCAUGCAGCAGGGGAGGGGAGAUGAAAUUACAGAAAAAGGCCUCUCUUUGCUAGGGUACCAUCUGUGCAACUACACCCUGACCAAAAGUGUGUUUAAACUGGUUGUCUACCAAAAGUCCUAUGAGAAGAGCACAUCCUGUGGAGGGUGGAUCCCGUGGAUGGUGUGUCCUCAGACACACUACAGAACAGAGUUUCACAGUGUUGAGGUCCCUGAAACCAUCAUUCUCACAGAUUGCUGUGAAGGAUAUGAACAAGUUGGACUCUACUGCUCUCUAGGGAGGAUGUUCUUGUACAACGUGACAGUGCUUGUGAAAAUGGAUUUCAGUGAAUUAAUUCGGGUGGAUUCCCACCUUCUGAAUCAUUCCCGCCUUUUGCACUCCGUGAUCACUGGUGCAUUGCAGCCCCUGAAUGCCUCUGUGCACCACAUCCAGAGUACCCGUGGGGACAUCUACACAGGGACAGUGGCCUCCCAGGUUCUCCUUGGAUUGCAGCACCCAGCUCCCCUGGCAGAGGUUUCCUCCUCCCUGGAGGCCAUGGUGAAGCACGUGUACGAAGUGAUUGACACGCAAGUGCAAGAUGUCAAUGAAUGCUCUUAUGCUGAAUUCAAUGCUUGCCCUGAGAAAAGCAGCUGUGUAAACCUGGAGGGUUAUUACAGCUGCCACCCUCAGCAUGAACAUGCCACUGUCAUCCCUCUCUGGCUGAGCCCAAGGAAGGAAGGCACUGUAGCAUCUACUCCAAGUUCAGUAAAUGCUGUUAACAUUGGCAGUAGCUCUCCUUCUAUAUGGAAUUCAAGUCUUUUGUCCAUAACCAACCAAUCUACAGAUGCUGGGUGCUCUCUUCCUGGGACUGCAACAGAUCCCUCUGCAGUUACAAACCAUCGAAUCCUCAGCGUUAGCAGCCACAGCUUUGAAAUGUCCUGGCUUGUCAGUUCCACUCGGAACCACACUUUCCAAGUCCGGGUAUCCAAAGGCAAUGAAACUGUGCAAAGCCUCAAGACAGAGGAAAUGCAAAUGGAUGUGUCUCACCUGGAAGCAGGUGUGAUGUAUUCAGUAGAGGUCAGCUAUGAAACUUGUGGAAAAACCAUUAUCUCCAGUCAAAAUGUUAAAACAGAAGCCAAGAUAUUUGGUGGUACUAUGAGGAUUCUCAACUACAACUUCACUGAUGAUUUCCAUAAUUCCAGCAGCUCAGCAUAUGAGGAAUUUUCAAAACUGCUGCUUACAGAGCUUGAAAAUUCAUUUCCACCCAGCAUUUCUGCCUUGUACAAAUCUGGGAAGCUGAAAGUGCAGAUUGAAUCCCUGUCAGCAGGAAGUACCAUUGUGAGGCUUAAAAUCAUGGUGCAGGAUCCUGAGUUUCCAGUGGAUGCCUCCACAUUUGCCCCAGUGCUUUCCUACCUGCACAAUGGCUCCGUGCUUGUGGUGGAUCAGCAAAACACUGCAAUAGAAGACUGGGAUGAAUGUGCUUCCCAAGCUGAGAAUGACUGCUCUGUGUUUGCAGAGUGUAUCAAUUUGAUGGGCUCCUACAUGUGCAGGUGCAAGACAACCAUGGAUACCAAUCCAUCCCGACCUGGAAGAAACUGUGAGGGUGAGGUUGUGGAUCCUCUCGCUGAAACCGCGGCUCCUGAAAUAAGAAACAGCGCGGACUUUGCUGUUGAAGAAGGAGAGCCUGCAGGCCCUGCUGCCAACGGCACCAUCCAGACAGGCCUGAGGCCAAGCCCCGUCACACUGCUCCCUGCUGCGCCGGCCCUGGGUGACAAACGAGCGUCCCACAGUCCCACCAGUGCUCCUCCAACCCCUUGGGAAAAAGGUCUGUCUCCAGGGAUGGGUUUCAGCAGGGACAGCAGCCCCACGGCCACGGGGGUCACCCCCAGCAGGGCACUGGCCGCGGGCACAGAGGCCACGCGUCCGUGGCAGCAAAGCUCCGCGGCCAAGGCUGCUCUCCCAAACGCCUCUCCCAAGGCUGCUCUCCCACCCUUGGGCACAGUCAGCCAAGAGCAGCUCAGCUCAGUUUGGCCGUUUCCAAAUCGAACGGCCUCGGCUGCCCCCAGGACUGGCACAGCUGCUGCUGUGCCCCAGGCUGGCUCUCGAGGUGGCCGCGACACAGCUCUGCUGGCCGCAGGGAACGCCGACGUUCCCGCCGCUCCGGGAGCAGAUGGAGAGGCGGGAAGGCAGAGCAGCUCUUGGUCUGAGGGACACGCCGGGGCCUUGGGGUCACCGGCUCUGCCAGGCACCUCUGCAGCCCCCAGUGCAGACCACACCUUCCAGAAUCUUAGUGGCACGGUUCGGAUAACAAACAUGGAAUACUCUCCAGGCCUUAGCAAUACAAGCAGUGAGGAAUAUCGAACCUUUGCACAGCUCUUUGUUGAUGAAGUAAGUGGUGAAGAAGAAUAUGCCAAAGAAAAUGUAGGGGACCAGAAAGAUCUCAAAAGGUCAAUUUUCUGCUGCUUCCCUCCAGAGCAGGAAGCACAACACUCAUUUCUGAGAAGUGUACACAGCCUAAAAUGUAAUUGCUCCAUCUGCCCAUCCCCACACCCAUUUUUUUUUUUUUUUUUUUUAUUCCAGGUGCAUAAAUCUCUGCCCCUUGAUGUGCUCCAGAAGAUGGAUGCUGGUCUGGUUAAAGUGCUGGUAAUGGGUGUUAAUAAUAGGAGCACAGUGGUAAGUUUCUGUUUGCUGCUUGCAGAAGAAGUGGAUGUCCACCAUGUCAUCGCCACUUUUUGUGAGGCCUUGGAACACAGCUUCUACUUCACCAUCGACAGGAGCAGCCUCUCCAUAGAUGCACUUCCCUUCAUCCAGAAGACAACAAUGAUGGAUAAGAAACCUGUGCACAGCACAAUUUUACCUGUGACAUCUUUGCAAACUUCAGGUCCCAUUUCCUCCCCUGCUUCACUGGACUUCUCUCAUGCUGAGCACAAAGCUCUGGAGGACACCAAGGUCUCCAGCACUGUGCUGACUCCCCUCACCAUGGAUCCCAUGGCAACUCCUGAUGUUCCUCCUCGAGCUUCUCCAGCCCCCCUUGUCAAACCUGCCCAAGAGGUUUCCAUUGAAGAUGCAAUGAGUGUGUUUUGUGAAAUUGAGAGGAUUGUCCUUGCCAUCCAGAAGAGAUUCUUGCAGCAGGAGUCUAUCCCAGAGAGUUCUCUGUUCCUGGGGGAGCCUGGCUGCAAUGUGAGCACCAGCAAUGGCACCCACAUUGUGCUGCAGGCGGGCUGGAGUGACUGUGGCACCCAAGUUGAGACCAACAUGACUACUACUGUGGUGAAAACCACCCUUUGGAAUGAUGUUUCUGCUCAGGGAAUAAUCCACCACUUGAAUGUUGCCAGUCCCAUCCACUGUGUGUUUCAAAACAAUGUCUUGAUUUCCUCUGGGCACACUGCAGAAGGACUUUACACCAUCUCUGAGGAUUUGCAUGGAUCUGGACACUUCAGAACAGAAAUGCAGCUCUUCACUGGAAAAUCCCCAAUCCCCAGAAAUUUCAGUGUCUCUGCCAGUGAGGAUGUGCUGAUCAAAGUAGGGAUGCAGAGGGCAGAUGACAAGCUCAAGGUGGCUCUCACUGACUGCUGGGCCACUCCAACCAAUAAUUCACUGGAUCCCCUGUCAUUUGUUUUUAUCAGCAACAGCUGUCCCAUCCCAAAUACUUACACCACGCUGCUGGAAAAUGGGAAUUCAAGCAAAGCUCAGUUUAAGAUGAAAUUUUUUUCCUUUGUCAACAACUCUGUGGUUUACUUGCACUGCAGAAUUCGUGUUUGUAUGGAGUCACCAGGAAGCACCUGCAGGACUAGAUGCCAUGCAAGGGCUCGGCUCCUGAAGGCUGGAGAAACCCUCGCCCUGCACAGAACAUCCUGGGGACCCCUGUGUAAAUCAGCUGGUGAGCCACUAGAGAAGGAAGCUGGAAUGGGAAUUGGAUACAUCAUUCUCAUAACCCUUGCUGUGUUUGGUUUUGUGCUGGGAGUUGUGACCCUUCUCAUUUUCCAGUACCAGCGAAAGACAGGAAGAUAUAACCUCAGGAUCAAGUCUGACAACUUCAGCUACCAAGUGUUCUAUGAUUAGUGAUUCACAGGUUAACGCAUGUAAGUACUGAAUUAUGAUCAGUUGCAUUUUUCAGCUCUUUAUCUCUUCCUGAAAGGGUGAAAUACUUGUAGAUGACCAUCUUUUAUAUGAGAAUAUUUGAACCUGCUGUCCUUUUUGCUGUGGGUAAAGGCCAUAUAAAUAAGGCAGAAAUUCCUACUGUCCUUCCCUGUUUUCAAAUUAUGCAAACAACAAGAGGAAGAAGACAACAUUGUGUCCUUGAUCUUCCUUCACGGCUUUGAUCUCAGAGUUAAUGGUACAUCACUUUAGAAAACCAAUAAGCAUUUCCACAAAAAAAGCCAUAGAAUUUUUGGGUAUAAACCAGUGUAAUAAUGGAGAGAAACUUUACUACUCUCUUUAUAAGUUUUCCUCAGAAGUUAUCCCUUUCUGCAAAACCUUGGGUUUAAUAAUUAUUUUUUUGGGGUUUUUUUUUUUUUUUGAGAAAGUAGGGGGAUGCUAAACAUAAAGAGCUUGAAAUAUUGAAAUCCAUAAGCAGGGCUGACAUGUGCCUGCAGAGAGGCUGAAAACACAGCUCUGAGGAGACUUAACCACUGCCACAUGGUCUGCCUCUGAAACUUGAGAGUUUAACACUUCAGGAUACCACAGGAUUCAACACUUUUUCUGUGAAAUGAGUCUGUUUUAG